GACCGUGCCCCACAAACAGGGGUGGUGACCGCAAUUCCUGCAGCCCACGGCGGAGUGCGACGAUGGCUUCUAAGGAGUCGUCUAGUUCUGAUCGAAAAGUGGUUGUUCUGCUGAGAGCUACUGGGGAUGCUCCCAUUCUCAAACAAACCAAGUUUAAGAUGCCUGGAACAGACAAAUUUAUUAAAGUUAUUGAUUACAUACGCCGGUCAAUUCAACGAGACACCUUGUUUGUGUUUGUCAAUAGUGCAUUCUCACCAGGUCCAGAUGAGACAGUUAAUGAUCUUUACGACAACUUUGGAAUUGAUGGGAAGUUGGUGGUAAAUUAUGCCUGCUCAAUGGCUUGGGGCUAAUAUGCAGUGGGUAAAGUUUAGUGCUGAUGCUGUAAAUAGUAUAUUGAACAGUUCAUUUUAUACAGCUAUGACUUUAGUUUAAACUCAUCUAUUUAUUUUUUUACAAAUUUUCUUCCACAUUUUAGGCUGCUUUACCAGAUGGAAAAGAUAUCUAGUCUAGUUCCAGAGUCUCAUACUUAUCAAGGUCCAGAGUCUGUAAAUUUUUAUUUCUUUGAUAGAUCUCUUUAAUUAAUUGUUUGAACAUAGAAUACCAGACUAUGAAAGCCAAAAGAUACUUGUUCCAAAUUAUGAUAUGGAAGCUCAAAUUCUUGAUUAGCA